UGGUCAAAAAAAAAAAGGCAGAAUCGUAAAAUAUGAGAUAGCCAUUCACUUCUACUGAGAUCCGACCAUAAAAGAGCAUAAAAUGAGUUAGAUUCUUACACAUUGUUUAUUUCGGGAGCCAUGGUGAGAGAUACGAACGCCGAACAAGUCCUCGCCGGAGAAGCGUCGAGUAGCCGCCCGAAAAGGCAGCGACUCUCCUCCCCUGUCGAAGAAGAAGCAGAAGGCGGCGAGAAUGUUGGAGAAGUAACGGCGACAGUAGCCGCCGGUGACGACGAGGUUACAACAACGGAGGUACGAUCAGGAAUGCUGAUGGAUCUGGAUCUUCUCGACUGUCCUGUUUGUUGCCACCCACUGACAAAUCCUAUCUUUCAGUGUGACAAUGGACAUAUAGCUUGCUCUGAUUGCUGUACCAACCUGAGGAACAAAUGCCCUUCCUGCACUUUGCCCAUUGGUAUCCACCGAUGCAGAAUCAUGGAGAGAGUUGUGGAAGCAACCAUGGUCCCAUGCCCUAACGCAAAACAUGGCUGCACCGACAAGUUCCCUUACGGCAAAGAGUUGGACCAUGAGAAGGAAUGCAGUUUCGCCCUAUGCUACUGUCCUGCAUCAGACUGCAACUACGCUGGUCUGUGCAAGGAUCUCUACCAUCACUACCAUGCUAACCACCGUGGCUCACCUGAAACUUUCAAAUCUGGCGUUGACGUGGACAGAUGGAUGCACAUCAGUGAUAAGAUUUUAGUUCUUCAGGAAGGUAGAGGAGGUCCGUUAGUUGCGGUUCAGUGUUUCGAGGAGGAACGAGGAGUGAAUGUGACUGUGAACUGUAUAGCACCUUGUGCUCCUGGAGUUUCAGAGUUCUCCUAUCAACUCUCGUGCUCGCACAGAGGUAAAACAAUGUCGUUUCGAUUCGAUGAGAUGAAUAGGAUUCAGAAAGUGAGCUUCCAAACUCCUGAGGAGGACUUCAUGUAUGUUCCUCGCUAUUUCUUGGCUGGACGGGAAAGAUUGAAGAUGAAUAUUUGCAUACGAGGAGAAUAACUAGAAAUGAAAACAUGAUGGGGACUUGGGGAGGCUGAAGUUGUUGACAAAGCUAGUAGUAGUAUUUGUGUUUAUCAUCUAAAUAUUUGCUUCACUGUUGGACUAGUUCGGAAUUUAUCUAUUAGUUUCAUUGGUCUUUAGCCAAAUUCUCGCUAGAGGAAGGCUAACUCCAAGUAUCAAGACUCAAGUUGUUGACAAAGUUAGUAGUAGUUGUUGUGUUUAUUAUCUUAAGUAGUUGCUUCACUGUAACUCUGUAAGACUUGUUCUGGACUUGGCUAUUUUGGACUCGAUCUGUUUUAGUUU